GCGUAUUCCCGGGGACGGACUAUAAAACAAACCCGGGAGCGGGAGGCAGAUUCUCCGCUGCCCGGGUGUUGUAGUCCAGGGAUUCGGCUCUGAGCCUGAUUGCCUCAGACAGUCCUCUGAGCAGCAUGGAGUGGCUGUGUGGCAGUGAGUCCGGGAGGCCGCUCCGGCUCUGGGAUCACAAUGUUACGAUAAACACAGACAAUCCAGACCUGACGAUAUGUUUUCAGAAGACGAUCCUGGUUUGGGUUCCAUGUGUGUACUUGUGGGUGAUCUUUCCUCUUUACUUCCUGUAUCUCCGACAGAGCAAUCGAGGUUACAUAAGGGUCACCUUGCUCAACAGGAUCAAAACGGGCCUGGGAUUGCUACUGUGGAUUGUCUGCUGGUUGGACCUCUUCCGUUCAUUGGCUGAAGUGGUGAAUAAUCAACGAAGAGCUGCAGCAUAUUUCAUCAGCCCCUUGCUGCUGGGAGUCACAAUGUUACUCGCAACGUUUCUGAUUCAGUAUGAGAGAUUACGGGGGAUACAGUCAUCUGGGGUGCUUUUCCUCUUCUGGCUGAUCACCUUGAUUUGUGCUGUGAUACCUUUCAGAUCAAAGAUCCUGGUGACAUUCAAUGAGGGUACAGUAAUUGAUGUCUUCCGAUUCACCACCUUCUAUAUCUACUUUGCCUUAGUUCUGAUCCAGUUCUUUCUCUGCUGCUUCAGUGAACCUCCUCCAUAUUUCUCAGCAGCAUCUUCGAAUGAGAAUCGCUGCCCUGAAGAGAGUGCUGGAUUCCUCUCUCGGCUGACCUUCUGGUGGUUUACGAAAAUGGCCAUACAGGGUUACAGGCACCCCCUGGAGGACAAAGAUCUCUGGUCACUGAACAAAGAGGAUAGGUCGGAUGUUGUUGUGCCAAAACUACUGAAUGAGUGGGAGAAGCAGAAGCUGAAAGUGAAAAGGAAUCAGGAGGCUGUCUACACCAAAUGCCCACCUGCAUAUAACGUUACAGACCAGGAGCCUCAUGAAGCUGAGGUCCUUUUUCCCGACAAGGGGGACCAGAAGAAACCUUCGUUCCUCAUAGCCCUGUGCAGAACCUUUGCUCCUUACUUCCUUUUGGGGUCGGCACUGAAGCUGUGCCAGGAUCUGUUGGCUUUCGUCAAUCCUCAACUUCUCAACAUGUUGAUUUCCUUCAUCAAAAACCGGGAGUCCAGGACCUGGUGGGGAUACAGCAUCUCAUUCUUGAUGUUCUUCUCCGCUGCCCUGCAAACCAUCAUUCUCCACCAGCACUUCCAGUAUUGUUUUGUAACAGGCAUGCGGCUACGGACCGCCAUUGUCGGAGCGAUAUACCGCAAGUCUCUGGUCAUCACUAACUCAGCUAAACGUUCAUCCACCAUUGGGGAGAUUGUGAACUUGAUGUCAGUGGAUGCUCAGAGAUUCAUGGAUCUCACCGGCUUCCUCAACAUGCUCUGGUCAGCUCCACUCCAGAUCUGCCUGGCUCUUUACUUCCUGUGGCAGUACCUGGGUCCUUCAGUUCUGGCUGGUGUUGCUGUGAUGAUUCUUCUGAUCCCAUUCAAUGCAGUGAUUGCCAUGAAAAGUCGAAGCUUUCAGGUGCAACAGAUGCAACACAAAGACGCUCGGAUUAAGCUGAUGAAUGAGAUCCUGAAUGGUAUUAAGGUGCUGAAGUUGUAUGCCUGGGAAGCGUCUUUCGAGCAGAAGGUCCUGGCUAUUCGGCAGAAGGAGCUCAGUAUUCUGAAAAAAGCUGCCUACCUCAAUGCCCUAUCCACUUUCACUUGGACAACUGCCCCCUUUAUUGUUGCCUUGACAACCUUUGCGGUGUAUGUGACUGUUGACGAGAAUAAUGUAUUGGAUGCACAGAAAGCUUUUGUCUCCUUGUCUUUGUUCAACAUCCUCCGGUUUCCACUCAACAUGCUGCCUCAAGUCAUCAGUGGUGUGGUUCAGGCCACUGUUUCACUGAAGCGAUUGCAGAACUUCCUGAGUCAUGAUGAAUUGGAUCCCACAAAUGUUGAGAGACAAAAAAUUGCAACAGGACAUGCUAUCACCAUGCUGAACGGAACCUUCAGCUGGGGAAAGACUGAUCCUGUUGUUCUCGAUGGGAUCAGUCUGAUGGUGCCACAGGGCUCCCUGGUGGCAGUGGUUGGUCAUGUUGGAUGUGGUAAAUCCUCACUCAUCUCUGCUCUUCUGGGAGAAAUGGAGAAGCUGGAGGGCAGCGUGGCAAUCCAUGGAUCUGUUGCCUACGUUCCUCAGCAGGCCUGGAUUCGGAAUGCCUCCUUGAAAGACAACAUUAUCUUUGGGGAGCUCCUUAGUGAACAGAAAUACCAACAGGUUCUGGAAGCCUGUGCACUCAUCACUGACCUGAAUGUACUUCCUGGAGGAGACCAGACUGAGAUUGGUGAAAAAGGAAUAAAUCUGUCCGGAGGGCAGAAACAGCGGGUGAGUCUGGCACGAGCUGUGUACAGCGACAUGGAUGUGUACCUCCUGGAUGACCCCCUUUCGGCUGUGGAUGCCCAUGUGGCGAAACACAUUUUCGAUAAAGUCAUCGGCCCAGAAGGAGUGUUGAAGGGAAAGACUCGAGUACUUGUGACACACGGGAUCAGCUUCCUGCCUCAAGUGGAUCAGAUUGUGGUGUUGGUGAAUGGCAGAAUCUCCGAGAUGGGAUCAUAUCAGGAGCUGCAGAACCAGAACGGAGCCUUUGCAGAAUUCCUACGAAACUACGCCCAGCGAGAUGACUUGGAGGAAGAUGAGCCAACAGUACUCGAUGAAGAGGAGGAAUUUCUUGGGGAGGAUACCCUCAGUAACCACAUUGAUUUGGGUGACAAUGAGCCCCCAGCAGCAGAGGCACGGAAACAGUUCAUGAGACAAAUCAGUGUCAUCUCAUCAGAUGGUGAGGCAUCCACUUGGAAAUCCACAAGGAGGCGACUGAGUGAGAAGAAGAAGGUGGUAGAUACUGUUCCACAGCCAAAGAAUGAACCAAAGGACCUGAUCCAGGCUGAGACAGCAGAAACUGGGAGGGUUAAACUGAUUGUAUUCUGGCAGUACCUGAAGGCAGUCGGUCCCUUCAUCUCUGUUGUGAUUUGUUUUCUGUACUGCUGCCAAAAUGCUGCAGCCAUCGGUGCCAACUUCUGGCUAAGUGACUGGACCAAUGACCCCAACUUCAACAGGACCCAGCACCAAACCUAUAUGCGGGUAGGAGUGUAUGCGGCACUCGGCUUCACACAAGGGCUCUUCACGCUCACAGGCAGCGGUCUGAGCCGGGCGUACUGUAUGCUCAAAGCUUCCAGGCUGAUCCACCUCCACAUACUUGAACAUGUCCUCUGUUGUUCUCUGUCCUUCUUCGAGUCAACUCCCUCUGGGAGGAUAUUGAAUCGCUUUGGUAAAGAUAUGGAUACGAUUGAUGUCAACAUUCCCGAGAACAUUGACAUAUGGAUUCGCUGCCUCUUGUACACACUCGCAGUCCUGCUGAUUUGCUGUGCAUUGAGUCCAGCCUUCCUGCUAGUGACUGUCCCUUUGCUACUCUUCUAUUGGCUUGUGCAGCGUUUCUAUGUGGCUACGUCCCGGCAGCUCAAACGUCUGGAGUCUGUCAGCCGCUCGCCGAUCUACUCUCACUUCUCCGAGACCAUCACCGGCUCCAGUGUGAUCCGAGCGUAUGGCAGGCAGAACAGCUUCAUCCUCAUGAACGAUAACAAAGUUGAUGCAAACCAGAAGAGUUAUUUCCCAGGCAUUGUAUCAAACAGGUGGCUGGGCAUCCGGAUUGAGUUUAUUGGUAACUGCAUCGUCCUUUUUGCUGCUCUCUUCGCUGUGAUUGGCCGAACUCACCUGAACCCAGGGAUUGUCGGCCUCUCUGUAUCCUACGCUCUGCAGGUAACCAUGUCUUUAAACUGGAUGGUGAGGAUGACAUCUGACCUGGAAUCUAACAUAGUGGCAGUGGAAAGAGUUAAAGAGUACUCAGAAACUGAAACAGAGGCUCCGUGGGUAAUUGAGGGUAACCGCCCUCCAGAGUCCUGGCCACAGGCAGGGAAUGUGGAGUUCAAAGGAUACAGUGUGCGGUAUCGAGAGGGUCUGGACUUGGUGCUGAAGGACCUCCAUCUGAGUGUGCAUGGUGGAGAAAAGGUCGGUAUUGUUGGACGGACAGGAGCUGGCAAAUCUUCAAUGACUCUCUGCCUUUUCAGAAUCAUAGAGGCAGCACAAGGAGAGAUAGUCAUCGAUGGGGUAAAGAUUGCAGAUAUUGGGCUUCAUGACCUCCGUUCAAAACUCACCAUAAUUCCUCAGGAUCCUGUGCUAUUCUCUGGCUCAUUAAGGAUGAAUCUUGACCCAUUCAACCAAUACUCAGAGGAGGAAAUUUGGAAAGCUCUGGAACUGUCCCACCUCAAACAGUAUGUGAGCAGCCUGCCAGCCAAGCUGGAGCAUGAAUGCUCUGAAGGAGGAGAAAAUCUCAGUGUGGGGCAAAGGCAGCUCGUGUGUCUUGCAAGAGCUCUCCUUCGAAAGACACGGAUUCUGAUUCUUGACGAGGCUACUGCUGCUGUCGACCUGGAGACCGAUGACUUGAUACAGUCUACUAUCAGGACCCAGUUUGAGGACUGCACUGUUCUCACAAUUGCACAUCGUUUGAACACAAUCAUGGAUUACACCAGGGUCUUGGUCCUAGAGAAAGGGAGGAUAGCAGAGUUUGAUACACCAAGCAAUCUCAUUGCAGUGAAGGGAAUCUUCUAUAACAUGGCUAAGGAUGCUGGACUGGCUUAAGCUAAACCGUUACAAACCUGUGCAGCAAAGAUGGUAGAAAUCCUGGGCACCACACUGUGACUUAAAGCUUCAGACCAACUGGUUCUAAGGUUAAUGCCAAAGGAAAUCCAUUCCCACUCAGGAGAUAAUGAUUGCCUUUUUUUGUAAAAUCACCGAACAGCACUCUUUCUAUUUUUGUACUUGAUGUAUUUAUACGUUAAGCAUUUAAGUGCAGGAGUUUGAUUCUUUGUAAAUGUAUAAAAUGAACUCUUAACAGUAAUAUGAUUCUGUUUCAAUAAAACA